AUGUCCGAACUAACAGAAAUUGAAAAUGGGUCUAUCGCUGAAUCUUCAAGUCUUAAUACCAAAUCCACUAAAUCUUCAAUUCCUUACGAAAGAUCUAUCAGGACUGCGAGCCUUUUUACUGAAUCUACUAGAGCAUCAAGUCAAAAUACAGAAUAUGAUAAAUAUGAUGAACCUUUUAAUCUAAAUAGUGAACAAAGAAAAAGAGAAAAUGCCUUUUUGGGAUAUUAUGAAUGUUUAAACAGUGGUAACUCGAAAUUAAACAUACCAACAAUGUCCAUAUCCACAGCUAGAAUUGAUUUACAUGAGGUAAUAUCCAGAAAACAAGUGAUGAAAGAAGGGAGGCAUUUAAUUUUAGCAAAGAUUAAAGAAUCUCCACAAAUUAAAAAUGUUUCCCUUUUUAUUAUUACGGGUAAGGGUCGGAAAAGACACGGAGAAUUUAGUGGAAAAAAAUUUAAUCAGUUUCCCGCUUGGAUGCAAGAUGAAAAUAUCGUAAAUCUGUUAGGUGGAAACCCUGUAAAGGGUCUUGGAACUUAUGAAGUAGUUCUCAAGAAAACUAUGGAUUCUAGUGAUGCAAGCGAAAACAGCGAUAUUAACGAAACAAUUUUAAAUAAAUGGAAAGAAAACUCGAAGGCAAAAAAUGAUGUCACUUAUAAAAUGGCAUUAGCUGGAUUUUUUAUGAAAGGUAAUAAAAAUGAUUUUGCCAAAACCAAAAAAUGUUAUCUAGAAGCCAAAAAUUUGUAUUUACAAGCCGCAAAGCUUAAUUCUAUUGAAGCAAACUUAUGUUUAGGAUAUAUUUACUCUCUUGGAUUGACUCAAAAAAAUGAUUACAAACCAAAAAAGGCCAAAAAAAUCUUUAAAAAUGUAGCAAGCAAGACAUCGGCAACGAAUGAAUUAAUUGCUGGGAUGGCAAUGAGAAAUAUAGCUACAUUAUUUCAUAAUUCUGCUAUUGAACCAAGCUUAUUAGAAAGAUUCAAAAAUAUUAGUGUUAGGGAUAAAAAACAAUUGAAUUUAAAAAAAGCAGAAAAAUGGUAUAAAAGAUCUAGUGAUAAAAAUGAUAGUAAAUCUGCAUAUAAUCUUGGAUUACUUUAUGAAGGUUAUGAUGGAUUUAAAGAAAAUAAAGGCGAAGCAGAAGAUUGGUUUAGGAAAGCGGUAAAUUUUAAUAAGAAUAAUUUACACGCGAAAGCUAAACUUGGAAGAAUUUUAAUAAAUAAAGGAGAUACGGAUGAACACAAGAGAAACGAGGGAAUUGAAAUGUUAAAAGAAGCAGCAGAAGACGGGUUAGUUAUGGGACAGGUAUUUCUUGGUCGAGCUUAUGAGGAAGGAAUAAUUACCGAAGGGAAGGCUAAGGAUUACAAAAAGGCUGUUAAAUUCUAUUCUAAAGCUGCUUGGCAAAAUCGUGGAUAUUAUAGCCAUGUUGCGCAAUAUCGUCUCGUAGAAUUAAAAACUAAAAUUCAUAUUGAAAAUAUUGAUGCUAUCAAUGAAUUAUAUACAAAAGAAUUGGAUUAUGGCUAUAUCGAAAGUGAAGAAAAACUUAAAAAGUUUUUUCUUUAA